AUGAGCUUCACCCACGAGAAGCUGACCGAUAAUAUUUACUGGAUCCGAGAAGGAGAUACUCGAGAAUGUUACCCACUGAUGUACCUGAUUAUGGGCACAGAAGAAACCGGUAAGUCGGUACAUUUUUCCUCUGUUUGCCACAUUUCUUUUUUUUCCAGCACUUUUAAUUGAUACUGGUUGCGGAUGUGGCAAUAUUUACUUUUACCUCCGUUCUUUGUCGUUUAUGCAAAAUGUGAAACUCAUCGUCGUCAACACUCAUAACCAUCCCGAACAGGUUUCCGUUUCGGAUUCGCUCCGUUUUUGUCUUGACCGAUUUGUUCAGACGGGCGGAAAUUGGCGGUUUUCGACGACGGGCAGUAAUGGAUUGGCACAUUUGGUGGAAGAUUUGUGUGCGGGCCGAAAGAACAAAUACUAUACCAAACUGAUGGAUAGUAGCUGGCACUGGGACAUAAAGACGUACAAAGUGACCCGUUGGCUGAAGGAUGGAGACAAAAUAAUACUGGGUGACGAGUCUCAUCUCAGAAACAUUGUUCAGGUACUUGUGUAGCGAACCGUGAAGCUGAAGAAGUGUUUCAGGUCAUGUGGACUCCAGGUCACACACCAGACAGCAUUGUUCUCUGGUAUCCGUUUGCAAAUCGUCUUUUUGUGGGUGACCUCUUCUACCGUUUCGACGAUUUAAUGUUCACGUAAUACACAUAAUUGCAUAGUCUAUUCAUUCUGCAGGUCACUCUUUUUGCAGUUACCAUUACACUGAUAUUAGACAGUAUGAGAAUUCGGUUCGGAAGAUCUUGAAGUUUGUCCAAAGCCAAGAAAUUGAAGUGAGGGGUCUGGAUCUGUCAUCCGUACUUCUCUUUCCAUUGCAGGUCAGAUAUUCGGCCGCCAAGAAUGAUACCGAUAACAAAUGUCUGCCCACUUUCAAAAUCUACCAUCGCUUCUUGUUGGCUGUCAUUGCCGGAACCCAUAUUGGAACACAUUUGAGGUGAACAACUUUAUUUUUCGUUCUGUGAACAUAAACGAACAAUUCAGAAUCGAUGAUGCGGAAGGAGUGCGUUAUGAGACGAGAGAUAAAAGCAUGAAGGUUGUCAUCGGUCGGAAAAUUGUGCAAAAGUUAAAUGAAGCUAGAGAAAAGGCUACUCAAGUACAAUGA